AUGGCUAACCGAAGCCAAAGGGAUGACAACAGUCAGGCAGUUUACCUUCCCAAGGCUGGCAAAGCUCUCUCACUGGAGGAUGCAGCCCAGGAGGAAGCCUGCCAGCCUGCCAAGAUGGAACGCAUUGAAGGCCCACACUUAACCCAAGAGCCAGGCAAGACUUCCUGUCCCUUGGUUCCGAAGGAGGAGCUGGUAUCUGCCUCCCAAAUGAAGGAAGAGGAAGAGAAUGAAGAUGGAGAGGAGGAUCUGGAUCCAGAUCUUGCCCCAGACCCAGAGGAAGAAGAGGAGGAAGAGAAUGGUCUUGGGGAUCCAGCUGUACUGAGUGCUGUCCGUAACACCCAAAGAGGUAUGCUUAGCCCCCCUGGAGGGAAAGACCCUGGUGUGCUGGCAAUGUCACCUGUCUCUUUGCAUUUUCUGUUGCAGACCCUGGACUACCUGUCGGCAGUCCCUUUCUGGCCUAUGUUUCCCAGCACCAGCUCUCCAGCAUGGAACCUUGGACCUCGACUACCCUCACCAGACCCAUCUUUCUUCUGUAGCUUGCCGGCCUCGUGGCCCCCCAGAUUCAGUCUUCCUAGUCACCUGACUCAGCUCCAUCCUCAGCAUCAACGGAUCCUGCAGCAAAAGCAGCGUAGUCGAACACCAAGUCCCCUAGCCAAGAAGCCUUGGACUCAGCAGCCAGAUGCCUAUGCUAACCUCAUGACCCGCAAAGAGAAGGACUGGGUGAUAAAAGUGGAGAUGGUUCAGCUGCAGAGUGAGAACUCUAACCUGGAUGACUACUACUACCAGAAAUAUUAUCAGAAGCUGGAGAAGAAGCAGGAAGAUGAACUACUUGGACAAAAGAACAAGGUUGAGUCCUCCCUCAAGUUGGUGACACCUUAUAUACAGAAGGCAGAGGCUUAUGAGUCAGGUAGAGCCAGCACCGACCUGUCUAUUUUGGGUUGGGACAGGGUGGAAAGCGAAAGGCAAUAUGUUUCUGCUGGCUCUUUUCAUGCAGUUGUUAGAAUUGAGGGUUCCCUGGGCCAGGUAGCUGUAUCAACAUGUUUUAGCCCUCGCCGAGCUAUUGAUGCUGUAUCCCACGGAACUCAAGAGCAGGACACAGGAACUGCAAGUAGCCAGAGGCUUCGGGUAUUAUAUAAGAUCGAGAAGGUGAGAGAAUUAGUUCUUUGGGGAUGAGUUCCUAACUUACCUUUGAGAAUGGGAUGUUGCUCAAAUUUACUUUUUCCACCCUCAAAUUCUCAGAUGUUCCUUCAGUUACUAGAGAUAGAGGAGGGCCAGAAGGAUGGGCCUCCACAGCCCUACUUCUCCAAGCAGCACAACAACCAGAUUGAGCAGCUCUUCCAGGCCUUGAAGACUCAGGAGCACAAUAACCUGGAGGAGGCAGCAGAUGGCUUCCUGCAGGUGCUGUCUGUGAGGAAGGGGAAGGCCCUGGUGGCCCGGCUGCUCCCCUUCCUGCCCCAGGAUCGGGCUGUUAGCCUUCUUCUGGCUAUCACCCACCAUCUUCCCCUCCUCAUACGAAGGGAUGUGGUUGACCAGGCCCUACAAAUGUUGUUUAAACCUCUGGGCAAAUGCAUCAGUCACUUGACCUUCCGUGAACUCCUCCAAGGACUCCAUAGUCUCCUGCUGCUGCCACCUGGCUCCUCUGAGCGGCCAGUCACCGCUGUGCUUCAAAAUCAGUUUGGAAUAUCUUUGCUUUAUGCCCUGCUGAGUCAUGGGGAACAGCUGGUAUCCCUGGAAUCUCCCCAAGAUGAACCAAAUAGUGACCAUUGGACAAAUAUGGUGGUUUUGAUUGCCCGGGAGAUAGCCCAAAUGCCAACAGCCUCUCUGGCAGAACCCCUAAACUUGCCUAGCAACCUACUUCCCCUGUUCUGUCACCAUGUGGACAAACACUUGGUUCAACAGCUGGAGGCCAGGAUGGAGCUUGCCUGGAUCUACUGA